AUACCGACAAAAUUACUUGUAUAGGUGCCCACAUAUUCGAAUAACCAUGUGAAAAAGGCAGCACAAAUUCUUGUAUGAUUGAUUUAAAUGACAACUAGGUUGUCCACGCAUCAUCUGUCUUCUUUAUAGGCGGCAAUUCAAGAAACGAUAUAUUUUGUUACUCAAACGAGAUUGGUGUCAAAAUAUAAACAAACAUGGGAGUCACUGUACUGCAGAUAUUUCCGGACACCUCCAGGUCUGGUUGUUUAGAGACGGAGAAACUACACAAGAGAAUCAUGCAUCUGGACGCCACGCAGAGCGGCAUGUUCUCCGUUGACUGUGAGACCUACUACACAAAUGUCCAGAUCGGUUCGGGUCAAAGGAAAAUGCAUAUUCUCCACAAUUCAGAAACUCCAGCCACGACUUACGCUGUGUUAGACACAGGGACAAAGCAGAUAACCCUGUCAGCAGAUCUCCUCUUCGAUUUGCUGUUGCCAAGACUCGACCACAUGUAUCAGAAUAAAAAGAACCUGAAGAUCGAGUCCAAAGGAGCCAAGUACGAGAUCGGCGACUUCGUGGUGAAGAUAGGGACGGUCACCAUGAGUGGCCAUUACAAAGGGAUCCUCGUCGAGGUCGAGUAUUUGCCCUGUUCGGUGCCAAACUUGUGUUGGUCGCUGAUGCGUGAAUUUAUGCAGAGCUUCAUGGGUUCCUGCGUGAGUGCUACCGUCCCCCCAUUUCUACAGAAUCGAAAUCUGGAGCUCUACACGCCCCAGGACACCAUCCUCCAAUACGUGGAGAAGUUCACGGAGCUCCGAGACGGAACAUCCAACCCACCGCCGUCACAAGCCCAGACCCCCACUAAUCCAUAGCCCAUGGCGGUCCCGCCUGCAGGAGGCCCCAGUCCCACGAAUGUUCCUGCCAGCGUUCCGAUCUCGCAGCCUCCGGUUCAUUACCAUAAAUCAUUACCUGGGCCCUCCAGCCAAUAGGGCCUUUGUCGGCGGCGUCUUGUUGCCUUGCGAGCGACUGAACGCGCGUCCUGGCUGACGAUUGAAUAUUUAUUUUAUUUUGUGUAUGGUUUCAUUAAAUUGUGUAAUUAUUUUAA